AUGGCCAAACUGCUCUACCCGACGUCGCUGGCCCUCGACACGGCCGAGCUGGAGGGCUUCUCCGUGUCGCUGCACGCGUACGACGUCAAGCAGCCGAUCCCGGAGGAGCUGAUCGACGCGGAGAUCCUGGUGACGUGGUCCAACACGGCGGGCAACCUGACGGACGCGGCGAGGCGGAUGAAGCGGCUGAAAUGGAUCCAGUCGCUGGCGGCGGGGCCCAACGACGUGCUCAACGCCGGGUUUGAUAGCCAGGCCAUCGCGGUGACGACGGGCAGCGGGCUGCACGACCACACGGUGGCCGAGCACACGCUGGGCCUGCUCCUGGUGGCGGCGCGCAAGUUCCACGAGAUGCGCGACCACCAGCUGAAGACGCCGCCGCAGUGGCCCGCGCACCUGGGCGGCGCCCAGCCGGACCGGCCCAAGGGCAGCUUCACGAGCCUGCGCGGCGCCCACGUCGUCGUCUGGGGGUUCGGCAACAUCGCAAAGACCCUGACGCCGUCGCUGCGCCUGCUCGGCGCCACCGUCACGGGCGUGGCGACGCGCCGCGGCGUGCGCGACGGCGUCGAGGUCUACGCCGAGGACGAGCUGCCCCGCCUGCUGCCCACCGCCGACGCCCUCGUCAUGAUCCUCCCGGGCAGCGAGGCCACCAAGCACGCCCUCAACGCCGAGCGGCUUAAGCUGUUGCCCGCCCACGCCUGGGUCGUCAACGUCGGCCGCGGAACCUCCGUCGACGAGGACGCCCUGUACGAUGCCCUGGUCGCUGGCGGCAUCGGCGGCGCCGCCCUCGACGUCUUCAAAGUCGAACCUCUCCCCGUCGAGAGUAAAUUGUGGAAGGCCCCGAAUUGUUUCAUCAGUCCCCAUGCCGCCGGCGGCAGGCCGCAGGGGAGUGAGAGGUUGAUCGCCGAGAAUCUGAGGCGCUUUCUGGCCGGGCAGCAGUUGAAGAAUGUGAUUUGA